UACUUUUCCUUUCACGUGUCCGCUCUGUGAUUGUCAGUGUGUUGAGGAGACUCAGCUGUGGAGUGAAAUCCCCGUUCAGACGGAGGAGCCCGCUCAGCGAACCAACGCCGCGCACACGGACGAGGUGGAUGAGAUCCGGCUGGACGUGCGGAUCGAGGAGAGCGUCUCCGCUUCCACCGGAGUCCAGGACUCCUUUAAUGUAGAAGUGCAUUAUUUAGGACAGCAGGUCCUAAAACGUCAAGUCCAGAGCCCGGACGUCCGGAUAAUGUACGUACCGUCCUCUCCGGUUCCCCCGACGCCGGCCUUCCUGAGGUUUACACGCAUCCCGCUGCCCGAGCCGCCCUCCACGCUGCCGGCCGGCCCGGAGCUGCAGGCUCUCUUCACGCUGCUGCCCUUCAUGGAGAAAGGCGUGCUGCUGACCACGGCGUCCGCGGGCGUUUACGGGAAACGGUUCUGCCAGGGGCGGGUCUUCUGGACGGGGCCGCACACGACCUCGCCGGGGCUGCACAAGAUGGAGAGAAACACGGAGCCGGUGAUGCUCUUCAGCAAAGAGACCUUCAGUCGAGAGCUGGAUCACUUCCGUGCGAACGGCGGCGAGCCUCCUCAGUGUGGCGUCACGCUGUGUUUCGGAGAAGAGCUGAGUAAAACUGAAGACCCGUUUGGGAAACUCAUCAUAGUUCAGGUAAUUGUACGUGUCUAAAGACUCAACACCUCA